AUGUAUCUCCGCAAAGACCACGCAGAACUUCAUCUCCCUACGCUCUUCAAAUUCAUCAAAGAUAAUCCCCUUGGAAUCCUCACCACCGCAAUCUCAUCACCAAACUACCCGCUAAUACAAACUUCACACAUCCCAUGGGUUUUCGACGCACCAUCAAACCCUCCAGAUUUCACUACAAAAGAGCCCAAUGAAGACCUGGGAAUUGUCCGUGGUCAUAUGGCUCGAGCGAACCCGCAUUCAAAGGCGCUCAUAGAAUCCGUGACUACUGAAAACGAUCAGGGAGUAAGAGUGGGGAAGCAAGAAGGUCCGAAUAAAUUAGAUCUGGAAGUCAUGAUCUUGUUUAAUGGACCGGCGAAUCAUUAUGUUACGCCCAAAUUCUAUACCACCACCAAACCAGCGACGGGAAAGGUGGUGAGUACGUGGAAUUACUCGGCUGUGCAGAUCUACGGAACUGCGUCUAUUAUGUUCGACACCAAACACCCUUCCACCAACGAGUUUCUCACUAAGCAGUUGGAUGAUCUUGCUAUUCUGACUGAGGAGGUGGUGAUGGGUUUUGAUGGGAAGGAGGGGAGGAAGAAAGCGUGGUCCGUGAAUGACGCGCCGGAUAAUUAUAUCAAUUUGUUGAAGAAGGCGAUUAUUGGGAUUGAGAUUAAGGUUGAGAGGAUAGAGGGGAAGUUCAAGAUGAGUCAGGAACUUGGGGACGGGGAUAGAGAGGGUACGAUUAAUGGGUUUAGAGCGCUGGGAACGGAGAUGGCGGAUAAGAUUGCGGAUACAAUUGAGCAGAGACAGAAAAUUAAGGAGGCGAGAAAGAAUGGGUGUCCAGUAUAA